UUAUUUAUUUCAAACGUAAUUAUCAAUUUCUAGAAUUCAUUGUCUCAAAGUCACCUAAUUGCGCAUUUCCUGUUUCGUUGCGCAUCUUCUCUUCAUAUUUAUUUAAAACGCAUAUUAGAGCCAUAUAAAUAGAGCGCAGACCUAGACCUAAGUGAUUAUUGUAUCAUCCAAGUUCGUUGAAUAAACAAGUGAAAGUUAACAAGUUCUUCUGAAUCAAUCAACAAGAACCCAUUUAACAAAUUCUAAAAACCAACAAAAGUGAAUCAAAGUCUAAAACCAAUUCUAAUCCGCGAUCGCGAUUCGAACCAAUAAAUAAAUAAAUUAUAUUAAAUAACUCGUGAGUCGAUAACGAAAUCGUUAAUAUAAAACCGCUCGACACAAACGGGGAAUAUAAUUUACAUACCUAUGUUUAUCAUUAUUUAUGUUCUGUAUACUCUUAGUAUUAAACAUGACUUAAAACUAAUUCUGAAAACGACUAAAUAAACACGAGGGAUAAGUGUAAAUAAGAAUAUAAAAUUGAAUUGUUCUUUAUUGACAUAUGCAUAUGCAUAUUUUAUUAUUUUAAAACAAUGCUAUCGUAAUUGUAAAAUUAAAAAAGUUAAACGGGUGUAAAUUAUUACCUAAUGAUACUUACUCUUCAUCUAUUCUUCAUCUUCUUCAUCUAUUCAUGAGGUACUAUAGCGCAAAACUCAUUUUCGUAAAUUGAUAGCAGAAACAAUGUUUCGCUAUUACUUAAACUGGGGGCAAACUUUCGUCACGGAAAACAAACGUGGUUUAUUUGCACUUCAACAAUUUUAAUAAAUAAUUCCCGCCGGUGGCAUAAAGGCGCACGCAUGGAAAAAUAUUUUAAUUCUGUGUUCCACUCUCGAUCAGUCGACGACACACCGAUUUAUUUGUACUGCACUAAAUUCACAAGAAAUGCAGAGUGUGUUUAAAGAUCGUCCGACGAAAAGAACACGUGCACGACGUCCCACAGCGCACGACCAACUAAACCGGAAUAAUUGUCGCAACCAAGAAGAUGAAUGUGUGGCGUGAUUUGUGAUACGCGACACAAGGUGGUCGCGGAACACGCGGCAACUAAAUCAGCUGAACAUCUCGUCUUUUAUUUGUCAUCAGAGUUUUGAUUGACGGACAAAUUUCCAAUCGUGUUAGUAGGACUGGACCCGGACAAUCUCUAACUCCACAAUUUUGAAUAAUGAUGUUCAGUCGAUCUAGUUGGGGUUUGUUCCACGCCAUCCUGUUCGGGUAUCAUAUAGCAACCAACAUUUUUUCCCAUCAACGAUACCACGAAUUUCAACAAAUAAGAUUCUGGCUUUUGAAAAACAAAAUCAAUCGUCUAUUUGUUUCUUCAUAGGAUACCAAUUUAGUCUCGGGGAACAGUUUAAAAGAAACGCCACAGCUUCGAAGCUCACGUUGGGUUCUUUGUAAUCUUCGUGAUUAACAGGCAUGUCCACAUCAAUUUCUCCGACAGUGUUAAUAUUUAAAAUAUGUAUUUUUUUAAAUUAAAAAAUUUGCGCUUUAAAGUUAUUUAGUAAUUUGAAUUAUUGAGGCGGCGAAAUGCCCUGCAGCGAAGCGGUUAUGCGUACACUUGCGCCAUCUAGUUUCGAAAACGCAAACCAAAUUACAGAAAGUUUAUAAACGUACACUAGCGCCAUCUAGUUUUGUCUGUUUGUUCUACCUUUACCACGGAAACUGUACCUAAAGUGUUCAAAUAUAAGUUACAUUUAGUUGCCUACAAUAAUAAUACUACCAUACUUUCCCAUUCAUUAUUCUCAUAACCAAUAAUUUUGUUUACAAAAUACGUCCGCUAACGAAAUAGAAGUCAAGUUACAAACAUUAUUUUAUGGACUAAUUAAAAAUGGGUAACGAGAAGAAACGGCGCUCUAGAAGUCGCGAACGAAUUGAUAAAGAACGUGAUAAAAGGUCGAAGCGUUCAAGAAGUCACAGUCGUGAAAGAGAUCGCCAGGACCGCCACAAGAGGCACCGGUCCAGAUCUAAGGAGCGCGAUCCAAAGCACGAUAAACCAAAACAGGAAAAUCAACGGCGAGAAGAUCGCAAGGAACCUCGGAAAGAAAUCGUCGAAGAGGUCAAAGAAGAGGUGCCACCAGAAGACACCAAAAAUGUAAAAAAGGAACCACUUUCACUGGAAGAAAUACUAGCAAAGAAAAAAGCUGAAGAGGCAGCAAAGAGCAAACCAGUAUUUCUUACAAAGGAACAGCGCGUCGCCGAAGCCCUUAAACGUCGACAGGAUGAAGUCGAAAAGCAGAAAAAACAACAGGAGGCUGAACGGAAAAUAAUCGAGGAUUUACGAAAAAGUCGUCAACAAAAUGAUCCCAUUAAUGCAGGCACAAGUAGAGAUGAUAGGGACAGAGACUAUCGAAGAAGAGACAGGGAGGCCAAGGAAGAAGAAAAACAAAAGGAUAAAGAUAAAGAACGUGAAACAGACGCAAUCAAGGAGCGUUAUCUCGGUUUAAUCAAGAAGAAACGACGUGUUCGACGGUUGAAUGACCGAAAGUGUUUUGAUUGGGAUGCUGGGGAGGACACAAGUACAGACUAUAAUAAUUUGUAUAAAGACCGCCAUCAAGUACAAUUUUUCGGACGUGGAAACUUAGCCGGAAUAGAUAUCAAGGCACAAAAGCGAGAUCAAAGCAAAUUUUACGGCGAAAUGCUGGAGAAACGCCGAACAGAAGCCGAAAAGGCUCAAGAAAAAGUUCGACUUAAGAAAGUACGACGCAAGGAGCAGAAACAAGAGUGGGACGAUCGCCAUUGGUCUGAAAAAGACUGUCCCGAGAUGACCGAACGAGACUGGCGUAUCUUCCGCGAGGAUUACAAUAUCACAAUCAAAGGAGGUAAAAUUCCCGAGCCGAUCCGUAAUUGGAAAGAAUCAGGCAUUCAGAAAGAACUACUUGAAAUUGUCGAUCAAGUCGGCUAUAAAGAUCCCACACCCAUUCAGCGACAGGCAAUUCCCAUCGGAAUGCAAAACAGAGACAUCAUUGGUGUGGCAGAGACAGGUUCCGGUAAAACUCUCGCCUUUCUCAUUCCACUUUUAUCAUGGAUUCAAUCCCUACCAAAGAUUGAACGAACAGAAGAUGCUGAUCAAGGUCCCUAUGCAAUUAUCCUAGCGCCUACUCGCGAGUUGGCGCAACAAAUCGAAGAAGAAACCGUUAAAUUCGGCCAACCUCUUGGUAUCCGCACAGUUGUAGUCGUGGGUGGUUUAAGUCGUGAAGAACAAGGCUUCCGACUGCGUAUGGGUUGCGAGAUUGUCAUCGCUACCCCGGGUCGUCUCAUAGAUGUUCUAGAAAAUCGUUACUUAGUACUCAAUCAAUGUACAUACAUUGUUCUGGACGAAGCUGAUCGAAUGAUAGAUUUAGGUUUCGAACCGGACGUGCAAAGAAUUCUAGAAUAUAUGCCCGUUACAAAUCUUAAACCAGAUACAGAAGAAGCCGAAGACUCGAAAUUAUUACUGGCGAAUUACAACAGCAAAAAGAAAUACAGGCAGACUGUGAUGUUUACAGCUACUAUGCCUCCAGCAGUAGAAAGACUAGCACGGACUUAUCUAAGAAGACCUGCGGUUGUCUACAUUGGUUCCAUUGGUAAACCAGUCGAAAGAGUCGAACAGAUCGUACAUAUCAUGGGCGAGAAUGACAAACGAAAGAAACUUAUGGAGUAUUUAUCACGCGGUGUCGAACCACCGGUUAUCAUAUUCGUUAAUCAAAAGAAAGGCGCAGACGUGCUGGCGAAAGGCUUGGAGAAACUUGGGUACAACGCGUGUACACUUCACGGUGGUAAAGGACAAGAACAGCGAGAGUAUGCUUUGGCCAGUCUUAAAAGUGGCGCUAAAGACAUCCUCGUUGCCACCGACGUUGCUGGCAGAGGUAUCGACAUCAAAGAUGUCACGAUGGUUAUUAAUUACGACAUGGCCAAAACAAUUGAAGAUUAUACUCAUCGUAUUGGUCGUACUGGUCGUGCGGGUAAGACUGGUAUCGCUGUCAGCUUCUGCACCAACGAUGAUUCGGCGUUGUUCUACGACCUGAAGCAGAUGUUGUUGUCGUCGCCGGUGUCAAACUGUCCGCCUGAGUUGAUGAAUCAUUCCGAAUGUCAAGUCCGGCCCGGUAAUCAACCCAAACGACGCAGGGAUGAGAUGAUCUUCGCUUGAGUUAACUUACACUUUUCAUUUUUUCAAUCUUAUCUAAGAAAUAAAAACUAUUAAAACGUA